CCUCACCAAUUCCAUUCCUUUGUAAACAAACUGUGAUUAUCGUGGACGAAAUGGGACUGUUUCUCUCUGUCGUCAUUGCUUACGCCGGGAUACAAGACGCCAUUGAAACUAUAAGGCACAUAUUAAGUGGUUUACUACCUGAAACUGAUCCAGAUUUUCAAGAUUUAGUCGACUACUACACAAAACUUCUUCAUAAGUCGGCCAAUCCAUCUAGUAGCAACGAUUGGACAGAAGAAUGCGGUCAAGGGUACUUAUGCUUGACAGAUGAUAAAAAUGGAAAUCUAAAAUCAGCAGCGGUGAAGUACUACGGCGGGCAACCUAACUCAACAGCUAUACUGUUCUCAACUAAAAUCUCUAGCUUCGGUCAAGAAUCUGUUGAGGAAAUCCCAAUAAAAGCAAACGGUGACUACAGAUCUACAGAAAGGUAUAUACCUACACAGACGAAAACAAUCAUAACGAACACGUCCGAAUCCUUCAAUGUGGGGUAUAGAAACAGAUCACCUACGCCUUCCGAAAAUAUUUCAGAUUCCAAUCAUAUUUCGGCAAACUCUUUCGAGCGUGAUACCAGUGACGCCGUCGAGAGUGACCUAGCCAACGAGAAACUGACCUGGCAUUACCGCCCUUUGAGCCCCACCCAGGAAAAGCAAACACUGCCCGAAAUACAUUUCCAAUCAUUAGAUGAAGAGAAGAAAGGAGUUUACAGCGACGACUUUUUAAGAUCACUUGAUGGAAUUAAAUAUCGACCAUUGCAACGAAGCGACCCGAGUGGCAGACGCAGAAGUUUCAAAAAGCGUCAUUCGUCAUCGUCGAACUCUUCCAAAGAGUCGCGGGCAUCUCGAGAUGAAGAACUAAAGAUGUUCACCUCUUUAGAAGAGACCGAGUUUGAACGUAUGAAUAAUGAUGGAAACUACACAGGUUUCGGGAGUACACCUAAUCUAGCGCCGCGUUCUAAUUCCAGAAGUCGAUCGAGAGAAAAUUCCAGAGAGCGAAGACACGAGGCUUGGAGCGUCGAGGCCUCAGUCGACAGCUUGCCCGAAGACGACAAUACAGAAUUAAAGCUCCGAGUUAAAGAUUUAUCGAAACUUGACUCCUUCGAAGAAGAAACGGACGACACGAAAGAUAAAGAGGUAACGGCAGAAGACGAAGACGUAGAUUUCUGGGGUAACUCCGGAGAUUAGUGCUGCUUUAACAUUAACGUAGCACGAACGCUUCGAAGUGAG